GACACGCGGCUGGUCUCCGUGUGUUUUCUGGGACCAUCGUUGAAAGAGGAACCGAGCGGGCCAUGGCGUUCCUUGGGCGUGCAGUCCGGCGUGUGGCGUCGGCAGUGCGGCCUCCUCUCUCUCCGUUGUGCCGGACGACCGCCCGGUCCUACAGCUCGGAGCCCACUAAGGAAAAGAGUGUUCCCUACGAGAAGACGCUCCAACAAAAGGAUGACGCCUCCUCUGGACCCACUAAACCGCUACCCAGAUCAGCGGAUGUAGUGGUGAUCGGCGGAGGCAGUCUGGGCUGUCAGACCAUCUACCACCUGGCUAAGAUGGGGAUGACCAACGUAGUUCUGCUGGAGAGAGACCGACUGACUGCUGGCACCACCUGGCACACUGCAGGCCUUCUGUGGCAGCUCCGUCCCAGUGAUGUUGAGGUAGAGCUCUUGGCCCACACCAGGAACGUGAUCAGCAAAGACCUGGAGGAGGAGACGGGUCUCCACACAGGCUGGAUCCAGAACGGAGGACUCUUCAUCGCCUCCAACAAGCAGAGGCUGGACGAGUACAAGCGCCUCAUGUCGCUGGGUAAAGUCUACGGUAUAGAGUCCCAUGUCCUGUCCCCCGCGGAGACCAAGGACCUUUAUCCUCUGAUGAACGUUGAUGAUCUGUACGGAACCCUGUAUGUACCAAAAGACGGCACCAUGGACCCAGCCGGCACCUGCACCACCCUGACCAGAGCUGCCGCUGCCAGGGGGGCCAAGGUGAUUGAGAACUGCCCCGUGACCGGUAUCCAAGUGCGGGCAGAUGACUUUGGUGUGAGGAGGGUGAAGGCAGUGGAGACCGCUCACGGGACCAUUGAGACGCCCUGCGUGGUGAACUGUGCAGGUGUCUGGGCUACCAAGCUGGGGCAAAUGGCUGGUGUCAAGGUGCCUCUUGUUGCGAUGCAUCAUGCCUAUGUGGUGACAGAGAGGAUUGAAGGCAUACAGAACAUGCCAAACGUCAGGGACCAUGAUGCAUCAGUGUACCUGCGCCUCCAAGGUGAUGCCCUGUCUGUUGGGGGUUAUGAAAACAACCCCGUCUUCUGGGACGAGGUGUCGGAUGACUUUGCCUUCAGCCUGUUUGACCUCGACUGGGACGUAUUCACGCAACACAUCGAGGGCGCCGUCAACAGAGUUCCUGGUCUGGAGCAGACUGGCAUCAAGUCCACUGUCUGUGGACCAGAAUCCUUUACGGCGGAUCACAAGCCGCUGAUGGGAGAGGCGCCAGAGGUCAGAGGCUUCUUCCUGGGCUGCGGCUUCAACAGCGCCGGCAUGAUGCUGGGAGGCGGUUGUGGCAGAGAGCUGGCUCACUGGAUCAUACAUGGCCGCCCUGAGAAGGAUAUGUAUGGUUACGACAUCAGGCGUUUCCAUAACUCGCUGACCGACAACGCGAGCUGGAUCAGAGAGAGGAGCCACGAGUCGUACGCGAAAAACUACUCGGUGGUCUUUCCCUUUGAUGAGCCGCUGGCCAGCCGAAACAUGAGGAAGGACCCUUUUCAUCAGGUGCUGACGCAGCAGGGCUGCGUGUUCCAGGAGAGACACGGCUGGGAACGACCUGGCUGGUUCAACAAAGACGGGGCCGCUCCUCUUAAAGAUUACGAUUACUAUGGGGCUUAUGACAUUAAGAAGAAUGUGAACUACAAGUACAACGAAUUGCUGGGAAAAGAGUACACGUUUGACUUCCCUCCACACCAUGACGUGAUUAAGAGCGAGUGCCUCUCAUGUCGACACGGUGUGGCCGUGUUUGACAUGUCCUACUUUGGGAAGUUCUAUCUUACCGGACCAGAUGCCAAGAAGGCGGCUGAUUGGCUGUUCACAGCUGAUGUCAACAAGAAGCCAGGCUCCACUGUGUACACCUGCAUGCUGAAUAAGAAAGGAGGGACGGAGGCUGACCUGACGGUGAGCAGACUGGAGGCCGGAGCUGCCAACCUGCCGCUGGCACCGCAGUCCGACGGUGACGCGUACUACCUGGCCAUCGGGGGCGGUGUGGCAGAACACAACUGGAACCACAUCAGAACAACUCUUCAGGACCAAGGCUUCCACUGCCAGCUGACGGACCACUCCGAGGACAUGGGGAUGAUCAGCAUCCAGGGACCCAAGAGCCGAGAGGUGCUGCAAGAGGUGUUGGACACGGACCUGAGCAAUGAAGAUUUCCCCUUCUCCACACACAAGGUUGUCAGCGCAGCAGGGCACCAGGUGCGAGCUAUGCGUCUGUCGUUUGUCGGAGAGCUCGGCUGGGAGCUGCACAUUCCCAAAGGCUCCUGCCUCGCCGUCUACCACGCCGUCAUGGCUGCCGGCGCCAAGCACGGCAUCAUCAACUCGGGCUACAGGGCCAUCGACUCACUCAGCAUAGAGAAAGGGUACCGACAUUGGCACGCCGACCUCCGUCCGGAUGACACUCCCUUGGAGUCGGGGCUGGGCUUCACCUGCAAACUGAAGAGCUCCGUGCCGUUCCAGGGCCGUGAGCGGCUGGAGAGGCAGAAGCAGGAGGGGCUGAGGAGGCGCAUCGUGUGCUUCACCAUUGAUGAGAAAGUACCAAUGUUCGGUCUGGAGGCCAUUUUCCGAAACGGCACUCCUGUUGGUCACCUGCGGCGUUCCGACUACGGCUUCUUUGUCGACAAAACGAUCGGAUACGGAUACAUCCGCAACCCUGAUGGAGGAGUGGUGAGCGCCGAUUUCAUAAAGAAGGGGGAGUUUACACUGGAGAGGAUGGGAGUGACGUACAAGGCCAAAGCCCACCUCAAAUCUCCAUUUGACCCCGAGAAUAAACGCAUCAAGGGCAUCUAUGCGUGAGAGGCACCACGCACGCGAAAACUGAAGAGGACACCAUGCGUUCAGAGCACGAGCCUGACAGACGCUGUGGUAUUUGGAGCUGAUUUAGUCUUAACGUGCUGGACUGGAAGAUUUUGUCUGUCAUUUAAUAUAAAAGUUGGCCUGAGAAGAGACUGUCUAAAAUCUGUAACUCAAUAUAAAGGGUGCUUAUUUGAUUCUAGUAUGAAUGAUGUGUUGUUAUCAUUACUAUAAUUUUUCACCCGUGUUUGUGAAAGAGCUCCAGGAUCCCUUUUUUUUGGGCUGCAGGAUAAUUGUAGAUCAUCGUUGUAAUCAUGUUCUCGUUGUGCACUAUAUUGUAUUAUGAUGCAGUGCUUUAAUACUUCGUCUUAAAUCCAACCUAUGAGGCCGUACAUAAUCAUAUUAAGGAUACAGCUAUGCUUCAGCGUUAUACUACCUUUUUAAAGCAGUUUGAUUUAAAAAAACAAAAAAAAACUGUGACUAUUUAUCAUGUCCUGAUAAUAAGGAGUGUUAAUCAGAGUUGGAGGGAAAUGGAGAAGAAAAGCACCCUGAGGCAUCGAGUUCCAGCCGGGAACAAAACACUGCUGGGGAAAGAAAGGGGUUUUUAGUAAGAAGCUGUUACAGAUGGAACCUUCUUGUUCCCCGUUGCGCUCUGCGGCAUCAAACGUCUGCUGCAGUCCGUUCUAGUUUUUCCCUUUUUUAACAGAUGCAAGCGUAUUCGUUAAGACUGGUCUGCCAAUUCAGGCAUUCUUAAGAGCUCACAUUUCUUGUCGUUUUUGCGGUUAGAUUACACCAACCGGUGUCUCCCAGCUGGUUGAAUACUGGGGCUUGUUCAGGGCGGGUGGAGGUUGGAUGGGUCAAACAAACAUCGGACUUUAAACUAUUCAUAUAUUUGCUGGCCAGGUACGUUCGGCCCAAUAGAACCCAAAGUUCAUCACUGUGAACAGCAGCCAAGAAAAGGUCUGUGUUGAAGGAGGCGUUUGUAUGUAGGGCUGCUAUUACUCGCUGUGUUUACUAAUGUGGAAUGAUUCAUGGAUUCGGCCCAGAAGGCCAUUAAUCACUGCAGUGGUCGCUCUCUGUAGUGUCUUCGGUUAAUAAGAAAAUGUCGUUGGUAAAUGUGAAACUGACUAAUAAAACAUGACUUCGGGUCCUCUUACACAGUAUGUAUUUAGUUUACAGAAUGUGUUUCAUGGUGUGAUAUGAAUAUUGCUGAAAUCGUUCUUAUGGAAAGCAGUCAGUUUAUCCAUAAAUGUGAAAUGUCUUAAGUAAAUUAUUUGACCAGUGCAAAUAACAAAAAAGACCAUUAUAAUAGUAAAUGUAGUGUCAUGCCUGAUUAUUAUGCAUAUAAAUGAAUUUGUGUUAUUCUG